UCUCUCUACAAGCAUCCCCUGCCUCUCACCUCUUCCUUCCGACCCGGUACCUCCCAUCCCAUGCCUUCAGGUUCCCGACAGACCAGCAAAUUAAAUAAGACUUGAGUUUAGUACAAUAUGGAAACUCAGUGGCUACUCAAGAGAACACCUUUUGCAUUCCCUAUUACCUCUCUCAAAUCCAACCCUUCUUCAACAAACUUAAGCAGUAAUGCACCUCUUCCCCGAAAGAUGAUCCGACAAUGGAAGAGGGAAGGAUGUAUCCUUAGGAGGGACAACUUGGUAGAUUGUGCUUCAUUGGUUCAAACCUUAGCUAGAAAAAGGAUGCCUCAUGUUGCUCAUCAACUUUUACUCGAGUUAAAUUCUGAAGGUUUUAUGCCCAACAGUGAUACCCUUUCUGCUCUCCUGCUUUGUUUUGCAGAUAAUGGGUUUUUCCCUCAUGCUGAGGCAAUAUGGGAGGAAAUGUUAAAUACUUCAUCUUUUAUGCCUGCUAUUCCUCUGGUUUCAAAAUUCAUGGAUGCUUAUGGAAAGAUGGGGCAUUUUCACCAAGUACUGAAAAUUUUGGAUCAAAUAAUUCUGCACAGGUUUAACUUGUUACCCCAAGUGUAUCCAGUGGCUAUCUCUUGCUUUGGAAAGCAUGGUCAGCUUGAUUUGAUGGAGAAUACAUUGAAGGAGAUGGUUUUAAAGGGUUUGCCUAUAGAUUCUGCCACCGGAAAUGCCUUUAUUAGGUAUUAUAGCAUUUUUGGUUCCUUAACUAAGAUGGAGGCUGCGUAUGUCCGCCUUAAAAGAUCUAGACAUCUGAUAGACGAAGAAGGAAUCAGAGCAAUGUCAGUCGUCUACAUCAAGGAAGGGAAGUUCUACAAGUUGGGUGAAUUUUUAGAUGGUGUGGGUCUUGGGAGGACAGAUAUAGGCAAUCUCUUAUGGAAUCUCUUGCUAUUAUCUUAUGCUUCCAAUUUCAAGAUGAAAACCCUGCAGAGACAGUUUCUGAAAAUGUUGGAUUCUGGCUUCCUUCCUGAUUUGACUACAUUCAAUAUAAGAGCUUUGGCCUUCUCAAGAAUGUCUAUGUUCUGGGAUCUUCAUCUCAGCCUUGAACACAUGAAACAUGAAAGCAUCGUUCCUGAUUUGGUAACUUAUGGAUGUUUUGUAGAUGCAUACUUGGAUAGAAGACUUGGAGGAAAUCUGGAUUUCAUUUUGAACAAUAUGAAUGCCGAUGAUUCUCCACUAACAUUAACAGAUCCACUUGUGUUUGAGGCUAUGGGUAAAGGGGACUUCCAGUCAAGUUCAGAGGCAUUUAUGGAGUUUAAGAGACAAAAGAAAUGGACUUAUAGGCAGCUAAUUGCAGUUUAUCUCAAAAAACAAUUUCGAAGGAACCAAAUAUUUUGGAAUUACUAAAUAGUUGUAUGCUAUUUGUGUUCAGAUAUGAUUUUUCUGGUUGGUGGAUAGCAUUAUAUUAUUUCCAUUCUUCCAUUUUAAUCUUUUGUUAAUGUAUUAUUUCCCUAGAAUUGUGAUGAACUCC